GUGUGUGUGAGAGAGAGAGAAAGAAAGAGAACCCAGGAGCAGAGCAGGGCUGUUACAUUUGGAGUGAACACUUCAGACUGAGAUACAGCUGCUCGGAACUUCUUGCAGUCCGCAGCUACACUGUGUCCUGUCCGCGCGCGCACCGGGAUAACCGCGUGAUUAGUUUGCGCCGUUACCAUCCACAGACUGGAGGAAUGUAACCGUAAUGUAUCCGGUACAGUGAUGGUGUGAAAUGGCUCGGGGGGUCCCGGUCCUGAUCCUCGCUCACACUGGAAGCAGCUGAAGUUGCGAGGAUGGAGCACGCGGCGGAUGUGAAGUGUAAGAUGGUCGUGGUGGGAGACAGCGCGUGCGGCAAAACCGCCCUGCUCACCGUCUUCGCCAAAGACUGCUUCCCGGAGAGCUACGUGCCGACGGUUUUUGAGAAUUACACAGCCAGUUUUGAGAUUGACUCUCUCCGAGUGGAGCUCAGCCUCUGGGACACAUCCGGAUCACCAUACUACGACAAUGUACGUCCGCUCUCAUACCCUGACGCAGACGCAGUGCUCAUCUGUUUUGACAUCAGCCGUCCAGAAACCCUGGACAGUGUGCUCAGGAAGUGGAAAGGUGAGAUUGAGGAAUUCUGUCCCAACACUAAAAUGCUCCUCGUUGGUUGCAAGUCAGACCUGCGCACAGACCUGGCAACCUUUGUGCAGCUCUCCAACGAGCUGCCACUGACAUACGAUCAGGGUUCAAACAUGGCCAAGCAGAUCUCAGCUCCUUACAUAGAGUGCUCUGCGCUGCAGUCGGAGAACAGUGUGAGAGACAUUUUCCAUGUGGCUGCUUUGGCCUGCGUCAACAAGAGCAACAAAAAUGUAAAGCGCCACAAGUCUUCCAGAGCCACCAAGAGAUCCUCACACAUGCCCAGUAGACCCGAGCAUGAUUCAAUGUCAUGUCUCCACAAGAGCAAGGCCAAAACCUGUUCUGUCAUGUGAAGAACCAACAGAAACUCUUUUAUGCAUUGGUAUUUUGGAUAAAUGGAUUUGCUUUCCAUCAGGAUUGAAAACAUUUUUUGCACUUUAUACAAAUUCACUGUCUCCUCCAAGAUGGUUACACUAUAUACCGUAAUUUUGAGGAGUGCCACAGCACUGAGCCUGGAACCCAAGAGACCUGAAUUAAUGGAGUGUUUAUUGCUGUGCCAAAACCUGAUUUCCCUUUUAAAUAUAUGCAGCAUGGAAAUGAUGAAUUCAGAUACAUUGAGCAAACUUCAAGUAGGAGAAAGGAAUCUUUUGUAGUCAUUAGAAUUCCAAUAGUCAGUAUACAAAAUAUCAAGGCAGAACAAUCGCCUAGACCCUGUUUUUAUUUCAGUGAAAUAAAUUAUGGAUGUAUCUUACUUUAGUGAAACUAACCUCACAUGUGACCACUGACCAAAGCAGAAAAUGAUAGACUGUGGUUAGUCUUCUCAGAACUGAGGAAUUUUGUAAAUGAACAUAAAGCAAUAAAUAAAUCAUAACUUCC